AUGCUGACUCAGAAAACAGAAACAAUUAAUCCGAUGCCUCACCAACAAGCAGCUGGAAAUUUCUGGCAGGAACUCAACCAAGGAGAAGAAGAAUUGGACGAACAAAUGGAAAAUAGUAAUGGUGAAGUUGUCGAACUAAGAGAAGAAGAAAUCACCGAAUCCACCGCGGACUGCAAACUGAUAAUUAUAGGCAUAUGUGUUUUCAUUAUAUUAACCUUACUAAUUGUCAUCAAGUUUAACAUGAUGAAAGCGCAUAUGCCG